AACCUCCGUUCGUUCCCUACAGAAUCCUUUGUAAUCGUCCAAAAAUUUUGAAAUCGGUCUCCACUGAGUAGAUUUAGUGUUUUCAGUAUUUUGUGAACGUUGUAAAGUGAUAAUCGUCGCCGAUCCCUUCGUUAUUCCCCGUUCACGCCGGUAUGGAGGCCGGAUGGGCCCGGAUGGUCCUUGGCGGAAGCGGGGGGUGUCGGUUUUUUUUGGUAUCGGUCAAAAUUGUUUUUUGCUAGUUGAGCAAAUAUUGGUUAUAUGUCUUCUUUGUACGUGUUGGUCCAUGACCAAAAGCGAAGAUCCUCGACGGAAGUCGGCAAUGGGCGAAUGAUCCUAGCAGUCGAGCCCAACAGUUUUCUGUGAAACGCAUCAUUGAACUUGAAUUACAUUGUGCCUGUUCCUGGCAAACUUAAUAUUCUGUGAAAUUAAACUUGCACAUUUAUACAAACUCUGCUUACGAAACAAUGUAUAGCAUUUUUAACUGCAAAUCGAAGAAAUUGCACCGUCUCGAUGAAGGCGAACCGCCAGCAAAGAAAAUUCACUGUGAGCGGAGCGUCUUGAUUAAAGAGAUGUCAAAAAAGCAACUAGAAACUAAUUUAACACUUUCUAACCAAAUGAACAACACAAAGCACUUCGAGGCCAGUGGAACUUUUUUGCCUGUGUUGGAAAAUCUUUAUGGACUUUGCAAUUCAUGCGAAUUUAAGCAACAAGUGGAUAGUGCAGAAGAGCUGUCUCAAUUAAAAAAAUUAAAUUUAAGCAAUGAAGAGGCUAAACUAUGUUCUGAUUUUAAAAGGCUUUCCAAAGAAGAAUUUGACUAUAAAUAUAGAAAUGUCAACUCUGAUAUUCUCUCUACUAAACUGAAGAUUGUUGGAGCAAACUUAAAAAUGCUAAUUGGAGAAAAUAGUUGUUUUAAUGAUCAACCAGUAAAUGGCAAUACAUCAGAAAAAGUAAUAGCAUCACACCCAAUGGAAAAAAUAUCUGAAUUGGAAAGAGAUCUAAUGGAAAGUAUUAAAAAUUUUUCACAUACUAAGGUUAGAAAAAAAAUUCGAAACUUAUCAAACAAAAUAAAACAUUUAGAAAGAGUCCCAGAUGACAAAAAUUCCACAUCAAAAAAGGGUUCAGAUUCUUUAUGGGACGUCAAGGAGACGAUACCCACAGAAACAACCAUUGAAUUAAUUAAAAGGGAGAAGAUGUAUUCGUGCAAACCCGAGAAUUUAUAUACAAUAAAGGAUGGUGUUAUUGUAAAACUAACUAAACCGCAAGUUACUCCUAGAUUAGAAGUUGGUGGCAAACUUAGUGUUAACAAAAUUAAGGAAAUCCCAAAAUUUAAGGACUGGACUCCUGGGGAUCCUUCGAUUAAUUUGUAUUUGAAAAAUUUACCAAAAAACAUAUCAGAGUGUGACAUACAACCGCUGCUGAAAAACUUUCCUGAAGAUUGUUUUUCAGUGAGAAUUAUGGAUGGCAAAAUGAAAGGUCAAGCCUUUGUAAAGUUUCAAAGUAUAGAGCAAGCUUCUGAAGCAAUGGAUGUAUUAAAUGGGGUAAUCAUUGGCAAUAGACCGAUAAUUUGCCAAUUUGGAAAAAAAAAGAUUCUUAAUCGCUGUUAAUUAUAUAGACAAAAUUUUUGAAAUUGUUUUUUCUACUUAAUUUUGCAAAGUACCCAAUUAUACACGGAUUGAGUGUGCAGAAAGUGUCAUUUUGCGAUAUCAGUUUUGCUACCUACAGCUGUGAGCCACUUCAUAA